GGCCAAGUGACAAGCUUGUGCGCGUGAUUCCAUUCCGGAGAGGCAGGUGUGCGUUGAUUCCUGCGCUGCGCCCCAAGGCCAACGCCCAGCGGGGACAGGAUGAGAGGACAGCGGGCGACGAGAGGGAGGAAAAUUCCAGUCCAACUCUAGCGCUUCCCUUCUCUUUUCCUCUUCUUCCCCGAGGCGCCGGCUCUGGUCAGGUCGGGCCUUGCCGCCAUUUCGGGACUCGUACGUAGCUUCUUCCUGGUCGGGGUUGCUGCGCGUCUUGCGUACCCUGGGUUGAGCAUCAUUGGGAGUGGAAGAAAGGAAUCAUGUUCAGGAGAAAGCAUGCUUCUCAUUUCAACUCAAAUGAUGCUGAGCAGCAAGAAGCAAAGAUAAAUGAAUUAAAAUAUGCACUUGGUCCUUUGUCUGCCCAUGACGAGAAGUACUGCAGUGACACAUGUUUCAGAAGAUAUCUUGAAGCCCGGAACUGGAAUGUUACCAAGUCGAGAAAAAUGCUUGAAGAAAGUCUCAAAUGGAGGGCAACUUAUAAGCCGGAGGAUAUUCGCUGGCCUGAUGUUUCUGUUGAAGCGGAAACCGGAAAAAUGUACAAGGCAAGUUUUCGAGAUAGAGAAGGGAGAACCGUAAUUAUUAUGAGACCUACAAAGGAGAAUUCAACGUCCCAUGACGGUAAGAUCCGGUUUCUUGUAUAUGUUUUGGAGAACGCGAUCCUGGGCCAACAUGAAGGUCAAGAGAAAAUGGUAUGGCUGAUAGACUUCGCAGGGUGGACAAUGGCCCAUGCCACACCCAUAAAGACUGCAAGAGAAUCUACAAGCAUCCUGCAAAAUCAUUACCCUGAGAGGCUGGCCGUUGCAUUUUUGUUUAAUCCCCCAAAAGUAUUCGAAGCCUUUUACAAGGCUGUCAAAUAUUUCCUUGACCCAAGAUCUAUCGAGAAACUGAACUUUGUGUACCUGAAGGAUGAGGAGAGCAUGAAGGUCCUGUACAAAUGCAUUGAUCCCGAGGUCCUUCCUGUCGAGUUCGGGGGAAGGAACAGUGUUAUGUACAACCAUGAGGAGUACUCCAAGUUGAUGCUGCAAGAAGAUAUCGAACCAUCAAGCUUCUGGGAAGAUGACGCGAAAACAGUUGACCAUGCUGUCAAUGGGACCUUGGUUCCUGAUGUUGCACCUCGGUCGCUGCAACUUGCUGCUAAAGCCAGUUGAGUAUCAUCCUACUAUGAUGGAUGGGAGCUAUUCAGAAUGCUUUAAUGGAGGAACUGGAAAAGUUGAGCACCAAUAGUUUAUUGAUAGUAAACAAAUAAUAGAGGAAAUAACAGAUGAGAUAUUACUUGUCCAUAGUCGAAAUAGUUGCACUUAUCAAACACUUUAUCCAGUACACGAUGAGUUACAGGAGGAUAUCGCCAUGGGUGGAUAUUGGAUGCAAAAGCCCAAAAGAAAUGGUGUGAGAGGUUGGAGUGCCACCUGCUUAUUGUAUCUAAAAGUCACUAAAUGCUGAACAUGUUUUAGCCGUGGCUCUGCAGAAGCUAAUUCUGGGUUAUGGCUAAAAGUGCUGAUUUUAUAUUUGUAUUUGAUUAUGGCCGAAGUAGCUCCUCACCAGCUUGUGGAUUCUAGUAGUAAUGAUACUCCCUCUUGAGAUUUUCUUUUUAGCACAAA